AUGGAGAUUGCCCGCACCUCCAUGAUCCAUUCCUACGCGCCCCAUUUUCUGUGGCCCUACGCGGCUCGGUACGCCGCUCACCAGCUGAAUCUCUGGGCUCGCGUCUCUCGGUCAGCGGCUUCACCGACCAGUCUUUGGACAGGGUCCCCUGGUGUUGCGUCGAGGUUUCGUGUCUGGGGCUGCUUGGCGCUUGUCCGCGACACCUCUGCGGACAAGAUCUCACCUCGCGCCGUCCCCUGUGUCUUCCUUGCUCCUCCUCCUCCCGCCCCUGCUCCUCCGGUACCCCCCCCUGUUCCCGCUCCGUCUGGUGUGUCCCACGCUACUCCCCCCCCCCCUCGGUUCCCCCCCCAGGUCUCUCCUCCUUCCCCACAGUCGUCCUCACAGCCUCCGCAGCAGCCGCCAGCGCUUCCUUUACCGGCCACUGCACACUCUGAGGGUGUUGGUGCUCGAGGUAAGAGCUCUGGCGGUGCUCGCUCUGGGGGUGCUGGCGUUGGAGCUGUUCGUGCACCUACAGAAGCUGCCCAUUCCGGGGGUGUUGGCGUUGGCGCUAAGCGUGCACCUGCCACAGCUGCCCGUUCCGAGGGUCCUGGAGCUGGUGGUGGUGCUGGAGCUGGUGGUGUUUCUGGAGCUGGAGAGUCUGGGGCUGGUGCUGGUGCCACUGGAGGCACCACGACUGGGGGUGCGGGUACACCUCCUACAGGUGCUGGUCGUGCUGCCGCGGGAGGUACUCGCUCUGGGGGGGCUCAACCGGGUACUAUCGAGGAUGGAGUCAGUUCUUCUGCUGCGUCUCCUGCCACCACUCCUCCUCCUCACCCCUACCCGACUCAUUACCAAGCCCUUCUUCGUCUAGAGCGUGAGGAGCAGCAGCGUUUGGAGCGUGAGAGGUCGGAGGUUCAGCAGCGGGUGGAGCGUGAGUGGUUGAAGUCGCAGCGGGAGAAGCAGUAG